GGUGAGCCUGCUGGUUAUGUGAAGUUUUUGGGAUAGUGUUUACGUGUCCGCCAGACAGGGGGUUGGGACUGAGCGUGAAUUUAUUGGGAGGAUUUUAAAUUCUCGGUAAUUCCAUCCAGUUUCUAGUUAAGCUGGACAGGAGGUCUGCGGCGAUAAAGUAAUCGUUUGGUAACUCCCGACAUGGAGACACCGGGGCAUGACAGCUCUGCAGGGGCCCCCUACAUCCAGGCCUCCGCGCGGAAGAGGCGGAGGGUGGACCGUGACGAUGGGAACCCCAAGAAGACCCCGGCCCCCGAAGGGCGGAAAGGCAGUCCUCCUCCUCAACAGAGCAGAAUGAAGCGCCUCUUGGGGUUCGAGAAAGAGGACCUGUCCUCCUGGCACAGGCUGGUGUGCCUGCUGAACAGGCCCACUGACCCAGCAUCCCUGGGAGUGUUCAGGUUCCUCUUUGGCCUGCUGAUGGUGGUGGAUAUCCCCCAGGAGAGGGGCCUCAGUCACCUGGACUUUAAGUACCUGGAUGGGGCGCCAGUGUGCCGUUUUCCCCUCUUCAACUUCCUGAAGCCUCUGCCUCUGGACUGGAUGUACCUCCUCUAUGUCAUCAUGCUGUUCGGAGCUCUUGGAAUCAUGCUGGGCUGCUUCUAUCGCCUGUCCUGCCUGAUGUUUAUCAGCACCUACUGGUACAUCUUCUUCUUGGACAAGACCACCUGGAACAACCACUCCUACCUAUACGGGCUCAUUGGCUUCCAGCUCACCCUCAUGGACGCCAAUCGCUACUGGUCUAUCGAUGGGCUGAGGAACCCUAAGAAGAGGAACGCUGAUGUGCCCUUGUGGAACUACACUGUGCUCAGGGCCCAGAUUUUCAUAGUGUACUUCAUUGCUGGGAUCAAGAAGCUGGAUUCUGAUUGGGUAGGAGGAUAUUCCAUGGGCUACCUCUCACAUCACUGGCUGUUUGAUCCGUUCAAACUGGUGUUGUCGGAGGAGAUGACCAGUCUAAUCGUUGUCCACGGCGGGGGGUUGGUCCUGGACCUGUCGGCUGGAUAUCUGCUCUUUUUUGAUGCCACACGGCCCAUCGCCAUGUUUUUCGUCACCUACUUCCACUCCAUGAACUCCCAGCUGUUCAGCAUCGGAAUGUUUCCCUACGCCAUGAUGGCCACCUCUCCACUCUUCUGCUAUGCCGACUGGCCUCGUCGGUUCUUCGCCCGCUUCCCAUCAUGCCUGAGGGUGCUCCUGCCCCCCAUCACGCCUCCUCCCCAGCCCAGCACUUCCUGUGUGUACCCCAAGUCUUCCUCCGACUCUGCCAGCGCCCCCGCCAAACCCAGCCGCCGCCACACGCUGGGCACCCUCUUCACCCUCCUCUACAUCACUGAGCAGCUCUUCAUGCCCUACUCCCAUUUCAUCACACAGGGCUACAAUAACUUGACUAAUGGGCUGUACGGGUACUCCUGGGACAUGAUGGUCCACUCGCGCUCUCACCAGCACGUCAAGAUCACCUACCGCGAUGGGAAGACUGGAGAGAUUGGUUACCUCAACCCUGGGGUGUUCACCCAGAGCCGGCGCUGGAAGGACCAUGGGGACAUGCUGAAGCAGUAUGCCACCUGCUUGAGUCAGCAGCUCCUGAACUACAACAUCUCGGAACCUGAGAUCUACUUCGACAUCUGGGUGUCCAUCAACGAGCGCUUCCAGCAGAGGAUUUUUGAUCCCCGCGUGGACAUAGUGAAAGCUGACUGGUCCCCUUUCCGCCCCACCCCUUGGCUCAUGCCCUUGCUGGUUGACCUUUCACCCUGGAGGACCAAAUUGCUGGAGAUUGAGAACACGCUCGACAACCAGACGGAGGUGGUCUUCAUCGCCGACUUCCCAGGCCUGCACCUGGAGAAUUUUGUGAGCGAGGACCUGGGGAACACCAGCGUGCAGCUCCUGCAGGGCCAGCUGAGCGUGGAGAUCGUGGAGGAGAGGAAGAACUACACUCUGGGGCCCGGGGACAAGAUGCAGCUCCCUGCAGGACAGUAUCACAAGGUCUACACCAUCUCGCCAGAGCCCUCCUGCUACAUGUACAUCUACGUCAACACCACGGAGACGGCGCUGCAGAAGAAUCUCACCCAGCUGUAUGAGCUGCAGGAGAGGCUGCGCAACGGCACAGAAACGGAGCCCCUUCCUCCAGAGCUGCAGCCCAUCCUGAACGGGACAGGGGGAGAGUUGAACGUGACGGACCCCGUGCUCAAGGCGUUCUUACGGCAACAGAAGCACAUGGAGGAGAGGCAGAGGCGGCGCAACGCCACCUUGCUGGAGAGGUCCAUCCGCUUUUCUCAGAAGAAAUACUACAUCCUCCGGCGCAGUUUCCUGAUGACGGCCAUCGCCCUGCGGAACCUGGCGGUGGGGCUGCCGCCGCUGGAGCAGCUGGCCCAGGAGGUGGCCUACGCCAACCUGAAGGACCCGAGCGGCAGGGAGGGCUCCGGGGCCACCCAGGACGAGGACGGGCACGGGGAGCUAUGAGCUGGGUCGGGGAGACGAGCGGGGAGCCCUGGCCCCCGCAGUCUGGGGGAGUGGGGGGUGGGGUGGGGGAAUAAGGGGGCGCAGUCCCUUGGCCGUGCAACCAGCUCAGGUCUCAUGCAUCACAAAGAGGGGUGCGGGGCAGAAGAGGACCAGUGCUUCCUGCCCAGUUACGCCCUGGCUGUAAAAAUAUAACAUAAGAAAAAAGAGGAGGAUGAGGAGCACCCAUCAGAAGUCCUAUUCCCAGCAGUCCCUCGUCCAGGGGACUUGUUGUUCUUUGGGUAACAGAAGCCCACCUGCAGCUCUGGUCUUGCUCUCGUUCCGCUGGGACACCGCGGUUCCCUCACAAACACACGAAGGACCCGGGAGAGAAGGGGGAGACAUUUCCUGGGCGGAGUCCCUGGCGCAAAGACCAAAUUCUCCGACGAUUUGCAUUCCAGAGGAAAAUUUUUGUCAAAUCAGUUGUUUUUUUUUGCUACAGUAAAACUGAUGCUGUUCUGAGAACAUCACGGGUCUUCAAAAGGAUUGCUUCCAGCGCUGCAGUAUAUUUUUUUUUAUCUGUAUUUCUUUUUUUCAGGACUACUGUGUAGCGUUUAGGCGGCUGAGUGUGCUCCACCCAGAAUUGUGCUCUUUCUUGCCUCGAUCCCUUCGGACACCAGCGUGACAGCCAGCUGCACGCAGAAGCUGCUCAGUGAAAAGAGCAAGAGUUUGGCUUUGCUGGGGUGACUCUGGAAUCCUUCCCAUUGGGCGGUAGUUUUCAAAAACCUUUCCUAUUCAGUUUAGAUGAUAAUAAUAAUAAUAAUAAACUUUUAUUUUAUAUAGCGCCUUUAAAGGUGGCAAUUUAAAGCGCUUUACA